AUGAGCAUGAAGAUCAAGCGGAACGAACUUACCGAGUACACCGAACUGUCCGACUGGACCGGGGCCGGUUCGAGGGACAGCGCGAACAAGUCGUACCGAGGACCAGACAAGUCACCUGGAAUUAUAUAUUCAUGGGCCAUGGUACUUGAGAUUUGGAGAUAUAAAAUGUGGAUAUGUUGUGGAGAGUCAAAGGCCUCGGAAAUCACCGAUGUCGUCCAGCGAUCUGGUGUUCCCAGCAAACCGCAACAGUCAAGAAGCGAAUUCAGAUCAUAUACGACGGUUGGAGAGCCCAGGUUGACUUCAGGUUAG